AUGUCUCCAGCGGCUGCUGUGGCCACGGCCGAGCCCGACGAGGACCAGCGAGACCGGCGCACCAGCAGGCUCAUUUUCUUCUUCUUCGUCUUCGGUGCCAUCCUGUUGUGUGUAGGGGUCCUGCUGUCCAUCUUUGGGUUCCAGGCCUGCCAGUAUGAGAAACUCCCAGACUGCAGCAUGGUGCUGAAGGUGGCUGGGCCGGCAUGUGCUGUGGUGGGGCUGGGGGCCGUGAUCCUGGCCCGCUCCCGGGCCCGGCUUCAGCUCCAGGAGAGGAGGCAGCGAGGCAUCCAGCUGGACCCCGACCAAGCCUUCCUCUGUGGGGAGAGCCGCCAGUUCGCCCAGUGCCUCAUCUUUGGAUUUCUGUUCUUGACUAGCGGCAUGCUCAUCAGCAUCCUGGGCAUCUGGGUGCCCGGGUGUGGCUCAGCCUGGGCACAGGAAUCCAUGAAUGAGACGGACACGGCUGAGACAGAGCCCCAGAUCUGUGGCUUACUGUCCCUGCAGAUCAUGGGGCCUUUGGUUGUGCUCGUUGGAUUGUGUUUCUUUGUGGUUGCCCAUAUUAAGAAGAAAAACAACUUGAAUGUGGACCAUGAGGCCUCGGAAAGUGAAGAGAGGCAGACUCAGAGCACGGAGCCUGUGCAGGUCACUGUGGGUGAUGCUGUGAUAAUAUUCCCCCCACCCCCACCGCCUUACUUUCCCGAGUCUUCAACUUCGGCCAGAGCUUCAAGUCCCGGGGGUAACAGCAUGCUUCCGAGUGAGAACCCACCUUCCUACUACAGUAUUUUUAACUACGGGACGCCAGUGCCCAGGGGCCAGGGUGCGCUCUCUGAUCGAGAGCGAGACCCCAUCUAUACUAUUUCUGGGACAAGUUUGUUUCCUGAGACCUCGCACGCAUCACACCUUUCCUCAGAACUGCCUCCCCGAUACGAGGAGAAAGAAACUACGGCCACCUCAUCUUCAUCUCCAGCUUCCCGCCCUUCCCCUCCGUGACUGAGCAACUCCAGUUUUAUA